AUGGAUGGAGCCUGGCUAGGUUGGCUUGGAUCCUGUCCAAGAGAACUGAUGCGAGACACAAGACCAGCCAGAGCAGGUGGGCCACUGCAUGCCAAUAGGAGGCAGCUGACGAAGUGGCUGUGCCCAGGAAAAAGGGAAGUGUAUCAGGAAGUUCCCAGCAGUUGGUUCUCUCAGAAGGAUCUCGCUUCCCUGCUCGCUUUCUCUAGGGCCCGGACGCUCGCUUUCCUCCCCUCCUCGGUCCAGGCUCCCUCUUCCUUCCUCGCUUUUCCCAGCGCAGGUUCCCGCCUCGGUCCUCGGCAAUGCCCCCGGCUCCCACCAUCACCAGCCCGCCCAGCGCCCGCAGAACCCACCAGCCUCACUAACCUCCGACUACCGGCCGGCCGGCCGCGCCUGCGUACUCCCGCGCGGGCCGCGCCUCCCAAGCGUCUCCGCGGCUCCUUCUUCGCCGCCGCCGCGCGCCUUCUCGACAUCCGGGCUUUUGCGGCCUUGAACUACAUUUCCCACAGCCCCUGGGCCGCUUCGGGAAAGAACUUUGGUCCCCGGUUCGUCUCUAGUUUCCCUCCCAAGUCCUCAGAGUCGGGUGCGGCGGGCACUCACGGCGAGGAAGCCCCGGCCCUCUGGCGCACGCAGGGUGUGGGGAGCCGGGCGCUCAGGCCUGUGCCGGCGCGCUUGUGUGUGUGCUUCGGUGGCCACAACGAGGUGGGGUGUACGCGCGGUCCUGAGGCCGCGACAGGUGCAGGAUGCGGGACCCUUCGGGUGACCGUGGUCGGCGGUGGUGUGAGUGCAUUUCUUGGAGAGAAGAGCCCUGAAGAAAGGAAAACAUUACAGAACAUAUCUAAAAACCAAGCUCAGACGUACCCUCGGACACGUACGGACUCAAUACACAUCUCGCAUCACAGUCGCACGGAACAGGCCGGAUCACUCUGCGUCAGACAACCGCAGUCCUCUGAAGCCGGACUCCCACGAGUGUCCACGUGGAGAGGGUGGGGACAGCCACCGUGUCAGGCCUGAAAUCCGUCCUCAGAGAAACCUGAGGUCCCGAAUUUAUAUCCCCA